CUUCUGUCCUGCGCGCGCAGACUCGCGCAAACCCGGAAGCGGAUCGCGUGGAAUGAGGGUCCCUCCGCGGCGCGAUUGACUUCUAAUGACUCUUGAUACGUGAGGAAGAAACCCGGAAGAGGAAGAGGAAAGCAAAGGAGUCAGGAAUGGCUCUUCCUCAGGGUCCAUUGACAUUCAGGGAUGUGGCCGUAGAAUUCUCUCCGGAGGAGUGGAAAUGCCUGGACUCUGCUCAGAGGACUUUAUACAGGGACGUGAUGUUGGAGAAUUACAGGAACCUGGUCUCCCUGGGUGAGGACAACUCCCUCCAGAAGCGGUGAUGUGCCCUUGCGCAUCUCUUCCAAAUGCAUGAUGAAAGAGUUCUCAUCCACAGGGCCAGGCAAUACAGAAGUGUUGCACACAGGGACAUUGGAAACACAUGAAAGUCAUCACAUUGAAAAUUUCUGCUUCCAGGAAAUUGAGAAAGAUAUUCAUGACUUUGAGUUUCAGUGGCAAGAAGAUGAAAGAAAUGGCCAUGAAGCACCCAUGGCAGAAACCAAAGAGCUUCCUAGUAGUACAGACCAAUAUGAUGAAAGGCAUGCUGAAAACAAGCCUAUUAAAGAUCAGCUUGGAUUAAGCUUUCAUUCACAUCUCCCUGAACUCCACAUAUUUCAGACUGAAGGGAACAUUGGUAAUCAAGUUGAAAAAUCUGUCACCGAUGCUUCCUCUGCUUCAGCAUCCCAAAGAAUUUCUUGUAGGCCCAAAACCCAUAUUUCUAAUAACUAUGGGAUUAAUUUCCUUCAUACUUCAUUUCUCACACAAAAACAGAAAGUACACAUGAAAGAAAAAUCUUUCCAAUUUCAUGAGAGUGGCAAAACCUUUAAUUGCAGAUCACUCUUAGGGAAACAUCAGGUAAUCCAUUUAGGAGAGAAAAAAUAUGAAUGUGAUGUAUGUGGCAAGGUCUUUAAUCAGAAGCGAUACCUUGCACGCCAUUGUAGAUGUCACACUGGUGAGAAACCUUACACAUGUAAUGAGUGUGGCAGGACCUUCAGUCAGGCGUCAUACCUCACCUGCCAUCGUAGACUUCAUACUGGAGAGAAACCUUACAAGUGUAAUGAGUGUGACAAGACCUUCAGUUGUACGUCAUCACUUACAUCCCAUCGUAGACUUCACACUGGAGAAAAACCUUACAAAUGUAAUGAGUGUGACAAGACCUUCAGUCACAUGUCAUCACUUACGUCCCAUCAUAGACUUCACACUGGAGAAAAACCUUACAAGUGUAAUGAGUGUGGGAAGAACUUCGGUCAAAAUUCAGCCCUUGUAAGUCAUAAGGCAACUCAUACUGGAGAGAAACCUUACAAGUGUGAUGAGUGUGGCAAAACCUUUGGUCGAAAUUCAUACCUUCUAUUUCAUAAGACAAUUCAUGCUGGAGCGAAACCUUACAAGUGUAAUGAAUGUGGCAAGGUUUUUAAUCGAAAAUCAAACCUUGCACUUCAUUGUAGACUUCAUACUGGAGAGAAACCUUACAAAUGUGAAGAAUGUGACAAAAUGUUCAGUAGCAAAUCACACCUUAAAAGACAUAGGAGAAUUCAUACUGGAGAGAAACCAUACAAAUGUAAGGUUUGUGACAAGGCUUUCGGGCGUGAUUCACACCUGGCACAACAUACUAGAAUUCACAGUGGAGAGAAACCUUACAAGUGUGAUGAGUGUGGUCAAGCCUUUAGGUAUCAGUCAACACUUACUCACCAUCAAGCAAUCCAUGGUAUAGGGAAACUUUACUAACGUAAUGAUUGUCACCAAGUCUUCAGCAAGGCUACCUCCAUUGCAAAUCAUGGUAGAAUCUAUAACGAAGAGAGAUCUUACAAGUGUAAUAAAUGUGGCAGAUUUUUCAGACAUUGUUCAGACCCUGCACUUCACUGGCAAACUAAUACAGGAGAGAAGCCUUACAGGUAUAAUGGUGUGGCAAGACCUUUGAUCAAAAUUCAGCCCUUGUUAUUGAUAAGGCAGUUAUACUGGAGAGAAACCUUACAAGUGUAAUGAAUGUGGCAAGGUUAUUAACAGUCUAACCUUGCAUGUCAUCUUAGAUGUCAUACUAGUGAGAAACCUUACAAGUGAAAUAAAUACGGCAAGGUUUUUA